AUGGCAACAAUAUCGGAGUGUAUACCCAAUAAUGUAUUUCGUGCACGACCAAGAACUCGACCUACAAUGCAAUAUGUAAGGUCACCACGGAAUGCUUCUUACCAACAGAUGCCUAUAUCUCUGAAAAUUGAUAAAAGUGAAGACUAUAGAAGUCAAUAUCGCUCUCCUCAUGAUUAUGGAUAUAGACAAAGACAAUAUGACCAUCCUAUGAAAAAGUGUAUGUGGACUAAUAGAAGUUUAUAUGAACCUAAACCAGAAAUCAAACUAGCAGCAUUACCUUCAAGGAAACCUUUAUCACGAAUGGAGAAGGUUCCUGGAAGACUCUUUCAGAGAUCUUCAGAAGUUCCUAUCAAAUUUACGACUAACAGGUUAAUGUCAGCUCCGUCAAACUCUGCUGUCACUUAUACAGAAGAAUUAGUUCGUCUUCCGUCUCGCCCUCAAACCAUCUGUGAAAAUAGAAAUACUCUUAAUACUCUUACCUCGCCAAAAGAUAUUAACUCAAUGGACAUUAAGGAUAUUGGAGGAAGUUUUCAAGUGAGGGGUGACAAGGAUCAUGUUAUUAGUGACUAUUAUUCCUUCAACCGUCUUCCUGCUAGGACUAAGAAACCUACCGUGAAAUUAUCCAAACCCAGUAUUAAACGCAAUUCAUUAUUACUAAAGGGGUGGAGAAAAGAAAUACACACACGCAUGGAGGACAUUUUAUAA